AUGGGGACAAUUGAGGAGGAGGAGGAGGAGGAGGAGGAGGAGGAGUAUAUGGGGAGAAUUGAGGAGGAGGAGGAGGAGGAGGAGUAUAUGGGGACAAUUGAGGAGGAGGAGGAGGAGGAGGAGUAUAUGGGGACAAUUGAGGAGGAGGAGGAGGAGGAGGAGUAUAUGGGGAGAAUUGAGGAGGAGGAGGAGGAGGAGGAGUAUAUGGGGACAAUUGAGGAGGAGGAGGAGGAGGAGGAGUAUAUGGGGACAAUUGAGGAGGAGGAGGAGGAGGAGGAGGAGUAUAUGGGGAGAAUUGAGGAGGAGGAGGAGGAGGAGGAGUAUAUGGGGACAAUUGAGGAGGAGGAGGAGUAUAUGGGGACAAUUGAGGAGGAGGAGGAGGAGGAGGAGUAUAUGGGGACAAUUGAGGAGGAGGAGGAGGAGGAGGAGUAUAUGGGGACAAUUGAGGAGGAGGAGUAUAUGGGGACAAUUGAGGAGGAGGAGGAGGAGGAGGAGUAUAUGGGGAGAAUUGAGGAGGAGGAGGAGGAGGAGGAGGAGGAGGAGGGAGGGUGUUUGGUCGAUGUAUCUGUCUCCGGUGCCUUUGCAUAUUGUAAUAUCUGGAAAAAGUGUCCCCACACUCAGGGCAUGAUGUUGACCCCAUCAUGA